CAACCCCGGCGCUGCCGGAGCCGCCGGAUAUGAAAAUGAGUUGCACAAUUGAAAAGGCCUUGGCAGACGCGAAAGCGCUGGUGGAGCGGCUAAGGGAACACGACAACGCGGCGGAAGCGCUUAUCGAACAGACCACAGCUCUUAACAAGCGGGUUGAAGCCAUGAAACAGUACCAAGAAGAAAUUCAGGAGCUCAAUGAAGUAGCGAGACAUCGCCCUCGGUCUACUUUAGUGAUGGGUAUCCAACAAGAAAACAGACAGAUUAGAGAAUUGCAACAGGAAAAUAAAGAACUAAGAACAUCUCUUGAAGAGCAUCAGUCUGCUUUGGAACUCAUAAUGAGCAAGUACAGAGAACAGAUGUUUAGAUUGCUUAUGGCGAGCAAAAAGGACGAUCCAAGUAUCAUCAUGAAGUUAAAAGAGCAACAUUCUGAGGAGCUGCAAGUGCAUGUGGACCAGAUCACAGAAAUGGCAGCAGUAAUGAGAAAAGCCAUUGAAAUCGACGAAAAGCAUGGCUGCAAGGAGCGGGAGCGCAUCGUGCAGCUGGAGCAGGAAAACAAAGGCUUGAGAGAAAUUCUUCAGAUAACUAGAGAAUCAUUCCUGAACCUCAAGAAAGAAGAUGCAUCAGAGAGCACAUCUCUGUCAGGGUUAGUAACGAGCAGUGAUCUGAGCCUGAGGAAAAGCUGAAGGCUAUGGAAGUCAACAAGCUUCAAUUGCACACUUUACAAAGGGAGUUUCAGGGGUCACUUGUUACUGAAUAGGGCACCAGCAAGCUCAUGCAUCUUAAGCUCCAGUUUAGUGGCUUUUAUACUCUGUAAAAUAAAACUGGUCUUCUACAAAAACUUCAGUGACAGAUUAAUUGCCAUAGAUCUAAAUUCAGUUGGAAAUGAAUUAAUGCACUUACCAAAGUUAUUUUUACAUGAGGUAAUUUUACAGACAAAAGACAAGAUUUCCUGUUAUUUCCAUAAAUUAUUGCUCAUACAAAAUUUUAGUGCACCUGUAAUAUAAAGGUGACAUUUAAAGUCUUCCCCCCUGGCUAAUAAGCUGUAACUUAUGUGUAUGCUUUGUGCAUGGCCCACGUUUCAUUUUUUUUCUUUUAGUGAGUUUUUUGAUACUCAUUUUGCAACAGGGCUGUUUAAGGGAAAGGGUACAUAGAGGGCAUAAAACUUGAGGGUUUCUGUUGCUUAGGCACAGUGUAAUCUGUUCUGUAUAAAGCCGAUUGUUUAAACGGCACAUAAGCAAUGCUUCUGCACUUGUUCGGUAUUUGGAGUUGUUUGGGUUUUAAACUGAAGACAACUCUUAGAUUUAUAUAUACUUAAGAGUAGUUUCAAAACAUGGAAAGAGCUGCUCCCACUUUAUUGCUCUCUGGAACACAGGUAGCACAGUGUAACUCUGUCUUAGCUUUUACCAGAGAAAAUCAGGCUCACUUCUCUAUAAGUAAGAAGCUACAUUAAUCCCAUCUACUUCUUCCCUGAUUCUGCCCAAAAUUCUUGGCUGGGACCUAGCAAUUUCAAAGCACCCAAAGAGCAGCAGCAGAGGGGUAGUUGUAGGGAGGGAGGCAGAAAGGCAGGAAGGAAGGACAAAAGUUGGCAGUCUGCAUGCCUGCAAUCAAUGCUCUCUGAAUUUUUCUAUCUCCAGUACUAGUCAUCAGAAAGGUUGUUGGGUCGGUUUCAGAUAUGUAUAACGUUUGCAUUAGAGAAAGUUUCAGUACUCGACAGCUUCAGACAAACAGGCUGCUCACUGUAGUCCUUGGGGAAGCAGAGGGAAUUGGCUUUCCUGGAUCAUACCGCUCACACCGUGUACAGAUAGGACAGGCAGCGUGCCUUGCAGCAAAGAGGGGCCAAAAGCACAUUUGGCUUUUUUUUGGGUCAGACUACGACUUCUUGGUCAAGGCAGCAAGAACCUAAUACUGAUGUGUG